GUUUUGGGUCUAGACCCAGGCCCAUGAUAGAAUUGGUUUCCAAUUGUGGACUUACUUUUUAUUCUUGGUUUUUAAAUAAAGGGUACAAACAAAAGCACAACAAAACUUGAGAAGCCCAAAAUCCAGGUCUUGAGUUCCUCGGUGCAGUAAGUUCAAGAGGGGAGAGAGACGACGGCAUAGCUAGAUCUUCUUGAGCAACUAUCAGUCCUCCUCCGCCUUAGGUUCAGGAGAGUGAGAGAGAGAUAAUGGAGUUACAGAAUUCAUCGUCUUCAAAGAUACAAAUAUAUUCUACUUCAAGCAGUGGGAUUUCCCAAUUUUGGAUAGACAAGUAUGAAAGAGAUGCCAAGAAAUAUUGGGAUAUAUUCUAUAAACAUCAUCAGGACAAAUUCUUUAAGGACAGACACUACUUGGACAAAGAAUGGGGCGACUAUUUUCCUGGGGAUGGACAAAGAGUUAUCUUGGAGGUUGGGUGUGGAGCUGGCAACACCAUCUUCCCUUUGAUUGCUACAUACCCAGAUAUAUUCAUUCAUGCAUGUGAUUUCUCGACACGAGCAGUUAACCUGGUUAAGGCACACAAGGACUUCAGUGAGGCCCGCGUAAAUGCAUUUGUGUGCGAUCUGACAGCUGAUGAUUUGAGCCAGAAUAUUCCUCCUUCUUCCGUUGAUGUUGUUACCAUGAUAUUUGUCUUGUCUGCAGUUUCCCCUGAGAAGAUGCCUCUGGCAAUCAAGAAUAUAAGCAAAGUUCUUAAGCCAGGUGGUUGUUUGUUGUUCCGUGAUUAUGCUACAGGGGAUCUUGCUCAGGAAAGGUUCAUUUGUAAGGAUCAAAAGCUCAGUGAAAACUUUUAUGUGAGAGGGGAUGGCACGCGUGCAUUCUAUUUUUCCGAAGAGUUCCUUGCCAAUUUAUUUGAAGAAAAUGGAUUUGACAUGAAAGAAAGUAAUAUAUGUUGCAAACAAGUGGAGAAUCGUUCAAGGGAGAUUGUGAUGAACCGUCGUUGGAUCCAAGCUGCAUUCAGAUUACGAGGUGCUAAUACAAGACUGGAGGUUGAUGCAGCCAUUGGUGACGAAACUGUAAUAGAUAUGUCAGAAGGUGUGGCUGCUGACAUGUUUGGUAUCUCAAAUUCUAAUGAUGAGAUUAUUGAGGUAAACCUAAAAGAGAGCAGGUUCAAGAUAAAAGUCCUUCCGAAGGAGUUUCAGCACACAUGUAAAUCAACGGGACUAAUGCUCUGGGAAUCAGCACGGUUAAUGGCAUCCAUCUUGGAACGAAAUCCCUCCAUCUGCGAGGGAAAAAGAGUCCUAGAACUGGGAUGUGGUUGCGCUGGUAUAUGUUCCAUGGUUGCUGUUAAAUCUGCUAAUCUUGUGGUUGCCACAGAUGGAGAUGAAAAGGCAAUCUCCCUCCUGACAGAUAACAUUGAAUUGAAUUUGAAUGAUGAGUCAAUCAACAAGAAACUGAUGAUAAAGAGGCUUGAAUGGGGAAACUCGGACCAAUUGCAAGCCUUGAAAUUAGUUUUGAACGAGGACACGAGAGGUUUUGAUGUUAUACUGGGCACAGACGUGACUUAUGUUGCAGAAGCAAUAUCGCCUUUGUUUUCUACUGCAAAGGAGCUGCUGAUUUCAGGUGGAGACGGGCGUUCGUCGGCUUUGAUUCUAUGCCAUGUGUUGCGUAGGGUUGACCAGCAAUCGAUCUUGUUGACUGCAUCUCGGUUUGGGUUUCGGCUGGUUGAUGAUUGGCAGAGUGGAGUUGAGUCGUGUGCCGGUUCAGAUGGGAGGAGGAGGAGUAUUAUUAGGAGCUGGUUUGGAGAAAUCGAUGAUGAUGAUGAUGCAGAAGAUUUCAUACCGAGCAAGGCUCUACAUAUUAUGUACUUUGAGAGAGUGGCCAGUUGAAGUUGUUGUGUUUUGGUGUUAUGUACACUAAUAAUAUAUUAAAUUAUGUUAAGUAAUUUGUUGAACGGAGUAUUUUUUUUUAUUUAUCAUUAUUAAUGAAUUUAUUUGGAGAUAUUCUUA